CUCCCCGAGUGUGGGGCUGGCGGGAGCUGCGGCGGCGACUGCUGCUUCCUCGGGCCAUUUUGCGGAGGAGCGACGGGGAGGAGGAGCAGCCGCGGAGACUCUAGGAGAGAAGCUGCGAGCCGGAGGAGGCGGCCACCGCGCAGGCACCGAGCUUUCCUCGGCCGCGAGGAUCUCGGGAGACGAAGGGAUCAUCGGGGAGGGGACCGAAGGACCCGCGCCCGCCGCGCGGUGCGCCCCUUCCCGCCCCCUGCACCAUGAGCUGGGGCACCGAGCUUUGGGAUCAGUUUGACAACUUAGAAAAACACACACAGUGGGGAAUUGAUAUUCUUGAGAAAUACAUCAAAUUUGUAAAGGAAAGGACAGAGAUUGAACUCAGCUAUGCAAAGCAACUCAGGAAUCUUUCAAAGAAAUACCAACCUAAAAAGAACUCAAAGGAGGAAGAAGAAUACAAGUAUACAUCAUGUAAAGCUUUCCUUUCCACCCUGAAUGAAAUGAACGACUAUGCUGGACAGCAUGAAGUUAUCUCCGAGAACAUGACCUCACAGAUCAUGGUGGAGUUAGCACGCUAUGUCCAAGAACUGAAGCAGGAGAGGAAAUCGCAUUUUCAUGAUGGACGUAAGGCACAGCAGCACAUAGAGACUUGCUGGAAGCAACUUGAAUCAGUAAGUGAAAAGCAAACACCCUGUCCCCACACUUCUCCUGACUGGAUUCCCGCGAUGGCUGUCAGGCCCAUCUGCCAGCUGAAUGGAGCUGCCGCAGCUUCCUCCUCCUUGAGUUUGCAGUUCCUCUGCCCAAGCCUUUAUUUAUUAUGCGUAAACAUGGGAGUAUUUUUUUUUUUCCCUAAGGCACGACAACAAGCUCAAAUACGUCACCAAAUGGCAGAAGACAGCAAAGCAGAUUAUUUAUCAAUUCUCCAGAAAUUCAACCAUGAGCAGCAUGAAUAUUACCAUACGCACAUACCCAACAUCUUUCAGAAAAUACAAGAGAUGGAGGAAAGGAGGAUAGUUAGAAUUGGAGAAUCAAUGAAGACAUACGCAGAGGUUGAUCGGCAGGUGAUACCAAUUAUUGGCAAGUGUUUGGAUGGAAUAGUAAAGGCAGCUGAAUCAAUUGAUCAGAAAAGUGAUUCACAGCUGGUGAUAGAAGCUUAUAAAUCAGGGUUUGAGCCUCCCGGAGACAUCGAAUUUGAGGAUUACGCUCAGCCAAUGAAGCGCACUGUGUCAGAUAACAGCCUUUCCAAUUCCAGAGGAGAAAGCAAACAAGAGCACAAACCUGGUGGCAAAUCCAAAGGAAAGUUAUGGCCGUUCAUCAAAAAAAAUAAGCUUAUGUCCCUUUUAACAUCCCCCCAUCAGCCUCCCCCUCCUCCCCCUGCCUCUGCCUCACCCUCUGCUGUUCCCAACGGCCCCCAGUCUCCCAAGCAGCAAAAGGAACCCCUCUCCCAUCGCUUCAACGAGUUCAUGACCUCCAAACCCAAAAUCCACUGCUUCAGGAGCCUAAAGCGUGGGCUUUCUCUCAAGCUGGGUGCAACACCAGAGGAUUUCAGCAACCUGCCACCUGAGCAGAGAAGGAAAAAGCUACAGCAGAAAGUCGAUGAAUUAAAUAAAGAAAUCCAAAAGGAGAUGGAUCAAAGAGAUGCCAUAACAAAAAUGAAAGAUGUCUACCUAAAGAAUCCACAAAUGGGAGACCCAGCCAGUUUGGAUCACAAAUUAACAGAAGUUGGCCAAAAUAUAGAAAAACUGCGACUAGAGGUCCAGAAAUUUGAGGCCUGGCUGGCUGAGGUUGAAGGCAGGCUUCCAGCACGAAGUGAACAGGCCCGCCGACAGAGUGGAAUGUAUGAUGCCCAAAACCCACCGUCAGUCAGUAACUGUGCUCAAGACCGGGAGAGCCCAGAUGGCAGUUACACAGAGGAGCAAAGUCAGGAGAGUGAGGUGAAGGUGCUGGCCACAGAUUUCGAUGACGAAUUUGAUGACGAGGAGCCCCUUCCAGCCAUAGGGACUUGUAAAGCUCUCUACAUGUUUGAAGGUCAGAAUGAAGGAACCAUUUCAGUAGUUGAAGGCGAAACAUUGUAUGUUAUAGAGGAAGACAAAGGUGAUGGGUGGACCCGCAUUCGGAGAAAUGAAGAUGAAGAGGGUUAUGUUCCCACUUCAUAUGUCGAAGUCUAUUUGGACAAAAAUGCCAAAGGUGCUAAGACUUAUAUUUAAUACCACUUAAAAAAAACUUUUUAAAAAAAAAUUGGAGUUGUUUCUCCCCACAACUAUGACUGUUGCAGGCAGUUCUUCAAAAGACUGGAUGGAGCGCAUCACAGUCCAUGUUUCCAUAUAACCACACAGUGGAUGUUUAGGAAUUGCACACCUGAAUUUCCUUGGCUGAUUUUGACUAUAAUCAAAUUUCACUUGCUAAGAUGAAGUUUUAUGUGGAAAGCUGCCAGUUGCCAAUUUACAACUGUGUCAUUUGAAAUAUGAUAAACGUUUCUUCUUUUGGCAGUGUCUGUAGAUUAAAAAAAAGAAAAAAGCUGUAUUUUAGCUUCUAAUCGAUUUUCUGAGUUUAAGAGUCCACACACAUCACAUCACAUCACAUCACAGGGGUGCAGAAGAAGACUUCAGCUCUCUUAUUUAUAUCUAUUAUCCACCAUAAAUGAAACUACAUUAGAAUGUUACAAUUUGUAACUCAAUAAACUGAACUAUGCUAGUUUGUUAAAUUUUCCAUUCACUUUAGAGGAAGUUGUAAGUAAAAUAAAAUCUCCCCCUCUUGAGUAAAGACUAAACUUGUUGCCAUGGAGUUGACUCCACCUCAUGGCAACCCCAUGUGUGUCAGAGUGAAACUGCUCCGUAGGGUUUUCAAAGGCUGGUUUUUCAGAAGUAGUUCGCCAGACAUUUUCUUCUGAGACCCUCCGGGUGGACUCAAACCUCCAACCUUUAUGUUAGCAACUAAGCACAUUAACCAUUUGCACCGCCCAGGUAUUCCUCAGUAAAGAAGAAAAUUCUUAUAGUGGCACUAAAAAUGUUUUACAUAAACAUGGUUAAAAUCAUUGUUAGUUCAGGUUAUCCUAUUCUGCCCAUAUGAUUCUGAACAACCAACUGAAAUCUGGAAAAGUAUGGUGAAUUAACCAGUUGAUUUUUCCAGAUGACGCUACUCAUCUUCCCUCCACCAGACUGACCCAGUUGAUCAGAUAUGUCAAUGCCAUUUAGAUCAGCUUAUGUAAAAGCAGUGCACGUCCACACCUCAGUUCCCUUUCUUCAUAAUUUUCUCACACUUAGUUGUUUCUAUUGGCGGUUUGUGGUGAGUGGGGCUGUGUUCAGCUCAUACUUCCCCAGGUGGUCUGCAAAGAGGACCAAGUUGGGGAGCAGCUGUUUCCACACACAGACACUGGUCUCAGCAUAUCACUUUUCAAAGUUGGGAGGGGGUUUAAUAAUUGGCAUCUUUAAGACUCUGAUUUUGAAUUUACUGGAAAUUGUUUUAAGCAGCAAACAUAAUGGCUCAUUUUGUAAAUUUAUGUGAUUAACUUUAGCCAGAAUAAAAUAAAAUUUCUCAUCCUCUUUAAAGAAAUCUGGGCCACAUUCUUAAAUUGGCACUGAAGCCAGAAAUUGGCACUGAAGCCAGAAAUUGGCACUGAAGAAUAGAUAGUGAAAUUGGUCGCAUGCAUAGACAGUUACCCAGCCUAGUGCUAAAAUGGGCCCAAUAAUGAGACUCUACACCAAGAUCGCAGACAACUGGAAAAAAUGGAUCAAAACAAAGGCGUUGGGCUAGACUUUCUCUUUACUUGACUUUGAAAAUUAUUUAUUCAUGUCCUUUCUACUUUUGAAUAGGAAAAUUACCUUCUUGCCUUUACAUUAUUGGGUCGUUUUAUAAGCGCAAGUCAAUUAAAAGCUGAUUUUAAAAGCUACAGCAUCACAUCAAGGAAUGGCACCUGGCAGGAGUUAUGGGUGCUUGUUGCUCUGGAUGGCCUCUGUUUCAAGAGUAGCAGCGAGUUACCUCAAAUUUCACAAGGGCCACCAGAAUGGAAUUUAGUAACCUUUACUUAACAACAGCCUGACUGAAAACAAACAAACAAAAAGCCUUUUAAUUUUGAAAUAAUUAUGGGUUCUCCAAUGCAGAGAUAAACAGAGAGAUCCCACAAACCCUUCACCUAGCUUCUCCCAACGAUGAAGGGCUACAUCUUUCACAGUUAUAGUACACUGUGGCAACCAGGAAAUGGACACUGGUCAGCCUGGUUUUUUUUUUUUUUUUUUUUUUUUAAAUUUUAAAUCUAUCUACCUGUCUAUCUAACUAAAUCAUUAAAAUGUAAAAAUUUUAUCUUACUUGGAAUUAUUAUGUCUCUGCUAACAUGAUAAAAGUACUCAUCCUGACCGCAGACCUUCUCAGGGCAGUUGUUUCAGUUCUCCUUUUUAAGUACUGAAGCAAGAAAACCAGCUGACCACAGAAAUUUGUUUUGAUGAACAAUGUAAGAGGUUACCAAGGAGCCCUGGUGGCACAGUGGUUAAAGCAUUCGGCUGCUAACCACAAGGUCUGCAGUUUGCACCCACCAGUCAUUCCACAGGAGAAAGAUACGGCAGUCUGCAUCUGUAAAAGAUUUACAGCCUUGUAAACCCUGUGGGGCAGUUUUACUCUGUCCUAUAAGGUCACUGUGAGUUGGAAUGGACUCCGUGGCAGUUGGUUUUUGGUUUUUUAUGAGUUUAACAGCUUUAGGCAUGUAGCCAAAUGAAUGGGAGAUCUAAGAUGUUAAAAUCUAUCCGAUGAUAAACUAAUGUCCAGACUGUUAACUACUGGAGAAAGCAAGCUAAAUACUGAAAAAGCCUAAAACGGGGCAAGACAACAUAGCCUUUAAAAGCCUGCCUUGAAAAGUAUGGCAUUCUGUGAAGGUGAUUUUUUUUUUGUUUCUUUGGAGUUGCGCAAAUCUGAUUCAGAAAAUAGCUCCAUUGGUUUGCGUGGGGUGGGGCAGGGGGAGCAGUUUGUGUGCAUAAAUUUAUGAUCAUUAUUUUAUUUUAAAUGAUGUACCUCAGCACCUGUAACAGAUGAAUAUAAGUAAUAUUGACUAAACAGUUAAAGAUAUUUUGUAGUUUCAGUUCCUGUAGUCAAUGUGUAAAGUAUUAGAAAAAGUAUUGAAACAAUUUCCAAACCAUCAGGAAUUUAUAUUUCCACCCAAAGCAGUUUGUUUUCUUCCAACAGUUGUCUGCAAAAAUAAAAGAAGCAAAAUCUCAGGUGGUUUAUUAAGUUUUCUUCCUUUCAUUUAGAGAUAUACUGACUGGUUGAUAAUGUGUGUGCAGAAGCCCUUCCUCCCUACCUUGUUUAUCAGUCUGUCAGGCCUCACCGCAAGCAACUCCCUGUUGUGGGUGAGGCUGCUUGCUUUCUGUGUCCAUAACUCAAAGCAGUUGUUUUAUUUUAAAUAAUGCCAGUGCACUUUUUGGUGUGGUGUCUUAAGUUGUGGUUAUUUAACAAUUGCCAAAAUAUUUAGACUAGAGUACUUUUCAAUCGGUCAACUGGAUUGUGACUUCUUUGUGGCUUUGUUUUUGUGUUUUCAAUUGUUCUCUGUUCAAUAUAUCCAUAAUUC